CUUAAAAAAAAUCAUAAAUAUAACGCAAAGAGCUUUGACAGCAGUCCAAUCGCAACGGAAAUUUUUAUAUUUUGGUCUUUAAUUCGAUCCAAAAGCAGUUUUUAUUAAUUUAGAUGGUAAUCGAGCAAGUCCCAGUUCAAAAGCAACAAAGAAAAUGGCCAAUGCGACUUUCGUAGAGAAUUGGAACAGUAUUAUUCCACACAAGAUUGGAGCAGUAGAAUUGGAACAUCCAACGGAGUCAUUCGUCUUUCGGAAUUUUAUAAGCUUCCUCAAAAUGAUGAAAUAUGAUGUGAUGGAGUUUGAGAGCAUGUACAAUGAACCCAAGGAUGUCCUACUACUGAAAAGAGCAUCUCUGGUGGCAUACAUAAACCAUUUCUACCAGCUAUGUCUGGGAUCGAAGCAAAGCACUUUCUUUUAUGUCGAUUUGAUUAAACCAUCCCCGAAGAAGACUAUACAUGUGCUGAAUAUCCUACUGAACUAUCUGUUCUAUGUGAAUAUGGUGCGUGAUGAUACGGUCGAGCGAGCGACUAGCUGCACAGCGAAGUACCAGGAAUUGACAGCUAAAAUGAAUCAGCAACAGUGCGAACUGGAAAAUCAUAAAAUCAAAGUGAACACCAUAGAACAAAACAUCAGCAAGAUGAAAGAUCAACUGCCACAGUUAGAGCGGGCAAACGAAAAGCUCCGUUCUAAGAAAAAGCAAUUGCAAGAGAAAAUUCUUUCGAUUAAAACAGCCGAGAGUGAAUUUGUGGAAAAGAUCACCAAACUGAAGACAGAUUUUGCGUCACUUAAGGAUCAACGUGUCGUUGACGAGGAUGCAGCUGCUCUCAUACAGAAAAACGAAGAUUUGGAAUCCGCAAUUGAAGAAAGCGAAAAACAGGAGAAAUCGUUACAGUUGGCCAACUCGGAGUACAGCACUCUCAUCAGCCAGAUUCAGCCGUGUAUACUGGCUUUAGAAGAUAUUCUACAAAAUCCGCUGAACAAUUCCUUAAAAGCCAUCAAGCACGAAGUUGAUGCACUGCAACUAAACUGCAAUCGUCUGGAAAAAGAUUGCUCUAACAAAAAGACCAUUUUGGAAGCAAUGCAAAAAAACUGCAACUCAAUCCGGGACUACGUUGAUGUCAAGUGUAAAGAAUUAACAGCUGAACAGAAAAUAAAGAGGAAAACCGAACGAAAAACUGUCACCGAUCUUAGUGAGAAACAAAUGCAGCUGGACGAAUUGCAGGAACAGAACGAUAUUUAUGUGCAAGAGAUCGAAGCUUUGAAGGAAGAAAUACUUUUAAUUAUGCAGAUGGCUGGAGAUACUAUGAAGUUUUUAAUGCGAGAUCCAGUGAAAACGGGUAGGAAACUUAAAUAAACUGCCUUGUAGUUAUUCUA